AUGUUCAAAGCCCUGAUGGGCGGGGGCCGCUCGUCGUCCUCAUCCGACGUUCGCAGCAGCUCCAAGAGCAGCCGGCGCAAGUCCGAAAAACCCGACAAGUCCGACACAAGAUCGAUCUCAAGUCGCAAGUCCUCACGGGGUGACGACCGUGACCGCGGCCUGGGUGAUUUGUCGUCUUACUCGCCAUCGACUUCCCGCAGUAAGCGUGGCCCACCUAGCAUUGCCGGCGAAUCUAUCGCAUCAACCUAUGUAACCGCCGAGCCAGAAGCCAUUGAUGACUCCGAUCGCUAUUAUAUUGAACGCACAGCAAAACGCAGAGACAGUGAACGGGAAAGCAAGAGUUCUCGUCGGCGCGACCAGGACCGAUCCGACAGUCCAGAGCGUGAAAAGAGAAGGAGCCGCCGGGGAACACAAGAUACUCUGGACGAUGACUUGGAUCGGGAACGCGAGCGUCGCGAGCGUCGCCGCACUCAGUCAGGGGAUCCGUAUGUGCCCCCGAUCUCCACAAGCAUGCCGCCUAGCGCCCCCGGCGCGCAGUUUGCCGCCGAGAUUGGCGCCCCGGGAUUCUCGCAAUUUCCCAUGCAGUACGACGCUGGAAUUCCAUCUGCAGACCAUUCGCCGGCGCAUGAAGUUCCGUACGACCCACACGUGCAGCAACAAUUUCCCGGCCAAUUCCCAGAGCAAGUCGCUGGGCCGUAUCGGCCGCCUAACCCUGCUGGCGCUGCGGCAGACUACUAUGGUGACCAAGGCCAGUCUGUUGAGCAUCAGCCCGGUAUUCGACCGGCUCCCCCAAGUGUGCUUCCGAACACCCAGGCACACUUGAUGGCAGCAUCUCCAUCGGCUAACCCACCCCCAGAGCCCAGUAGUUUGGGUGAGACUGGUGCAGCGGCGGCCUAUUUCGACGAUGACUUCCAUGCUCCAGUACAGGAAGGUCAGCCGCCAGCAGUGUCUUCAUCUAGGCCCCCGAAACCGUCGAAGCCGUCGAAGCCGUCGAAGCCUUCUUCAUCGGGAGUUCUUCCUGCUGCCGCUGUCGGAGCUGCCGCUUAUGGUAUUGGUGGUAUGAUGUCUCAUUCUGAGUCGCAUUCCCCUCCGCAGCACACUACUUCAUAUGCGCAGCAGGGCCAGCCAGUGGUACAGGGCCAGCCAAUGACAUACAACCAGCCAAUGGAAUAUGAUCAGCCGAUUGCAAGCAGUAGCUACCAGCCUCCUUCCAAGCCGUCCCACUCUCAUAGCUUCAGCGAAGGUGCCGGUAUUGCGGCUGCAGGCGCUGCAACGGGGUACAUGGUGGGUCAUCACCAUCACUCCUCGAGCCCCGAGCACGCACCACAAUACGCUUUCCAACACCAAGAGCAAUAUUCUCAAACUGGUGGUAUACAAGGUAUGCAACCAUAUGCCCCUGGCCAUAAUAAUGCUUUGUAUGCCGCAGGCGCGGGAGGAUAUGCUGCUCAAGCUGCCUACAACCCGGGUUUCUAUCCUCAUGGACCCAGCGCGCUAGCUUUCCAAGAGCGUCAGCGUGGCCCCAUGGGAAGAUUCGUUGAUUUCUGGCGUGACCCCGAGGCCGUUGGAAGAUUCGAGGAUUACACAGAAUCUAUCGGUGUGUGUAAAUACUGUUUCCAACCUGGCACGAGCUCCGUCGAUGCCCCUCGCAAGCAUCAUUAUCACAGGCGCCGCCGAAACUCCCCCGAUCGACGGAGCAGUGGUAGUUCCAGAAUCAGUAAGGUCAGCCGAUACAACUCCUCCGAAGAUGAAAGCCGCCGACGCCCAAAGUCCAAAAAAUCUUCCUCGUGGCUGCCUGGCAUGCUAGCCGGUUAUGCGACCAAAUCGCUCUUCUCAAGCAAGGAGUUUGACGAUUCUUAUAGCAUCCGCUCCGGUCGAGUGGCCUCAUCUCACGGGGAAGAAGACGACCGAAGGAGCCAUACCUCUCGUGGUGUGACCCGUCGUUCUGGCCGUAGUCCUCAAAGAGACCAUUAUGCAGGCUCGAAGCAUGCAUCUCAAUCUGGAUAUUCUCGGCACACACGUUCCCGAUCGCGGUCUUCCUCUCGAUCUGGCCGGCAUUCGUAUUUGAAGGAGGCUGCACUCGGUGCCGCAGUGGGUGGGGCUGCGCUAGCUGUUGCAAAGUCCCGUAACCGCUCCCGCUCCCGCAGUCGUUCUCCUGAAAGACGACAACAACGAAAGGAUUCAUCCUCAUCAUCAUCCUUUGUCCAUCUUCCCAGGCCCGCCAAGAAGUCCAUCGUUGGUGGUAUCGGUUCUUUCUUCACUGCUUCUUCCGAGAACAGAAAGGAACGUCGCACCAAGAAGCGGAGUGGCUUCUUCUCUUUCAAGAGUGGCUCUUCAUCGUCUUCAUUGGACAAUGAUCUUGCCUUCGGAGAUGGGUUCUCGAAGAAGUUCUCCAAGUCCAAGAAGAAGGGCAAGAAGGGUAAAGAUGUUGAUGCUGCUUUGGUAGAGCUUAGCGACACGGCAACCCGUUUGGCCGGCUCCUCGCCCCACGGUCCCGGGCGCAGCACAGGCCAGAUGUAUACACCUCGACCUCGACGGUCCAACUACGCCCACUCUACCACACAGGAUGAAGAAUGGGUCGAUGCCGAGUCGGAGGACUUGUCUUCUUCAAGUGUUAGCUCUGCACUCGCGUUUGGAGGAAGCAGCGUUGACUCUUCCUCCGACUCCGCCAGUAGCAAAUGGGGCUGGAGGUGGGGAAGUAAGAAGAGGAAGGACAAGCGGUCGAGUGCUACAAAUGCCGCUCUGGUAGCCGGCGCUGGCGCUAUUGGAGCCGCUGCAAUCUCUUCUGCUCGUCACCGUGAUAGCGACCCGCCAAGUAGGUCUGGGAGCCUGCAGCAAGUUUACCCAAUGCCUACUUCCGACCCUUCUCGCUUCGAUGUUGCAAAGAUGUCCCCAUCUGUAUCUGGCGGGGAACCAACCCUCAUCCGCCCGGGACCUAUUCCCCUUCAGCAGCCUCAGCCUUUCACGCCUGUCUCCCAAUCUGUGUACACUACCCAGGGAGCUGUUCCGGGGCCCAUUCCCGCGUAUAGCGCCCCGGCAGUCCCGCCGCUUUUCGCUAAUGAAGUUGAGCACUACGACUCGCAGUUUCAAAUUACUCGUGAUGCAGCAUGGGCACCAGAAGCGUCAACAUACGCCGACCGCCGCAAACCCCGACGCAGUGAUUCCUCUCCUGUUUUCCCCACCCAGGAAACUGCUUCCAGCCUCAAGCGCCGGUUCACUGCUAAGGAGCAAGGCUCCGUGCAAUUUCACUUGACGGAAGAGCAAGCAGAGAGGGAACGCCACCUUAUUCGCCGUGACAAGAACUAUCGGGAUGAAGUUGCUGAUCAGCCGGUUCAACUGAUUGACCGAGAGGAAGAGCUGGCCCUCCAGGAAACUGAGCGACGAGAGCGCCGCCGAAAGGAGCGAGACGAUGAGGAGCGCCGGUAUGCGGGCGAGAGAGAAAAAUACUCCUCAUCCUGGGUUGGUGCAGCAGCAGCCGGAGUUGUAGGCGCCGCCGCUGCCAGCACUAUUCUCUCGCGCAAGACAGACGAUGACGAAGCCUCUCAAGCUAGCCAGCGAUACAAUGAGCGCCGAGAGAAACGCCGCGCCGAGCGGAAGCGCGACACUGAUACAAUCGCGGAUAGUUCGAUCGUGUCGCGGUUCGAGCCCACUCAACCUAUUGAUGAAGAAGUGACUACGGUGGAACACCGCGAAGACCAGAAGAAAGAGUCUCCUCGAUCUCCCCGUCCAGCACAGAUUUACGACAAUUACGCAGAAUUUUAUGCCCCUGAGGAAUUACGACACAGCCCAGAUGUUCACGAUCGCAGCAGCGGCUCCCCUAAUAUGCCAACCAUCGUGGAGGUAGAGCCUGCUAGCGAACGACGUACACAUGAGGAGCCUGAACCGACAGAGGUAGACUACUCAUACGAACCCUAUCAACACGUGGACCGCCUUCCAUGGCCAGUCCCUGGGCUCAAUCUCAUUGAGCCAACUCCUCCUCAUAGCGCGAACGGUGGUUCCGUUCGCGACGUUACGUCCCCAACGCCCCCUGUAAAUAAAUCUUAUGAUACCCAGCCUCGCGAACGACCAACCGGCUCCCGGGUCUCCUGGGGCGAACAUGAAACUCACGAAUACGAGAUCCCCUCUUCUUCUGAACAGGACCCUCUUGAGCAUGACAUUUCCCCUAUCGAAAUUUCUGCGAAGGAUGUUCCUCUCCCUGCAUCCGAGAUAUCCCAAUCCAAGGGUAUUCCCAGCACGUCGGAGUACGGCGCCGAUAUUGAAUUUGCUGCUACAAUCGCUGCUGCGACGGCCGCAGCUGGAUUUGAUCCCUCUCUGAUCACAGAUGACCCAUCCUACCACACCCGCACUUCCCCUCCUGGGUCGGAGGAUGAACACACAUUUACCUCACCCUGGUCUGCAUCAGCUCGGAAGGAACCCCACGGCUUCGUCGAGGGCGAGAUCGAAGAAAUUGACCCCAAGUCUACCAAGGUUAUGACCUCCGCCCCCGAGCACGUGGCCCAGGACAAGGAUGAGCUUUUCUUCGACGAGCCAGAAUCCUUCUCCAGAGAUCGGGACAUCUCCUCAGGACGCCGUGACAAGGCCUCGAUUGCUCAGGAGGUCAUCGAGCAGCUAAAUGGCAAAUACGGCAAGCGCGAUCGUACUGCUUCGCCUGAAAAAGACGUAGAUGCCUUCUCGAUGCCCGGUGGCUUUGAUACAGCCGAAUCUAGAGACUUGCCUGACGCCAGAUCCGUGGUCUCAGCGCCGGCGCCUGUUGCCAUGGACCCAGAAACUCCGACCAAGUCCAAGUCUAAGAAGUCGAGCCGGAGUGGCGAUGCCUUUGAUAUCCCCGAGUUCCAAGAGCGGGAACUCGCCGAGUCUCCUGAUUUGAAGGAUGAGACGUCGAAGUCCCGCAAGUCCCGGCGCAGCGGCGAUGACUUUGAGAUUUACGAGUCACGGGAGGUGUCUCCAUCUCGGGAUGAAUCCUAUUCAGUUAUCUCCGCUCCCGUAUCGAAGGGCGAGACAUCCAAGUCUAAGUCCAGGAAGUCCAGGAGGAGUGGCGAUGACUUCGGCAUUGCUGAAUACCCAGAGUCCGUGGUUCCCGAGUCUCGUGAUGAUUCUUUCUCCGUUAUUUCUGCUCCUGUUUCCAAGGACGAGACAUCCAAGUCCAAGUCCCGCAAAUCUCGACGGAGCGGUGACGACUUCGAAAUCUACGAGUCACGCGAACCGUCCGAAUCUAGGCAUGACACCCGCUCGAUUACAUCUAGUCCUGCCGGCAAAGAGUACGAGUCAUCUAAGCCAGGGAGAUCGACACGCAGUGGAGAUGACUACGAUAUCCCUAGAUCGCGAGAGAUCUCCGAGUUUCACGACGACAACCGGUCAGUCUUCUCUGCACCUGUCUCGAAAGAUGAGACCAGCAAAUCUCGCCGGUCUCGACGCAGCGGAGAUGACUUCGAUAUCUCCCGAUCACGGGAUGUAUCCGAGUCUCGUGAUGAGUCUCGUUCUGUUGUCUCUGAAUCAGCUAAGUCUAGAAAGUCUCGUCGCAGCGGCGAUGAUUUUGAUCCACGUCGCGAUGCUGAAGCCGCUCCUGACAACGCGGAAGGUGGCGAGGAGAAGAAGAGACGCCGCAAGCGUCGAUCUAAGCAUGAAAGUGACACCUUCUCUGUUGAUGACGAUGCUCGCUCCGCUAUUACGGACAUUGGAGAUGACAAGUCUGAGCGUCGCAAGCAUCGCCACCGUUCAUCUCGAGAAGCCGAAUUUGAUGACAAUGCCUCUAUGAUCUCUUCUCCAGCUCGGAUUGACGAAUCCCGCGAGAAGCGCCGAGGCAAGGACGAGAAAGAAAAGAGCGGUGGCUUUUUGAGAAGUAUCUUUGGCUCACAAGUCUCGGCUCCAGCUGAGCGUGUUCGAUCUGGCCAUUCUCGCUCUUCCUCGUUGGAUAAGCGCUCAUCCCGCGAAGCCAUAUCUGAAGCUGGUGUGAAUGAUGAACGCCGUCGCCAUAAGAAGCGUUCUUCCAAGCACCGCAGCUCCAGCAAUGGGGAUGAAUUCGAUCGUUACAUGUCGGAUAAGGAGAAGGGUACCCAGGAUGACACGAAUCUGGAGGAGUAUAGGUCCAGUAGACAGCAGAAGGAAGAGCGGCGACGUCAUCGGUACGAGGAAAUCGUGGAUUCAGGGAGGAAACGGGAAUCUGAGAAGGACGGAUAUAGUGACAACUUCGACGAUCAAUCAUUUUUAAGGAAGCACCCUGAAAUCCUAGCCUCUGAGCGCGAAGAUUAUGGUGCUUCGUGGCUUCCAGCAUCAGCAGGUAGCGCAGCUGUUUUCGCUGCGGCAUCAGGACUCAAUGAGAUCCCGCAGCAGAGGCCCCGGAGUCAAUCCACUUCUCCCCCAGCCACAGAGAAGACACUCGACCUGACCCCGAAGUCUCUGAGCCGCCCCGCUUCACCUGAAACAAGCCACGCCCAGGGGUCCCGAUCCCCCAAGCAACGCCGACACUCCGUGGCCAAGUCCACCAACGAGUCGCCUACAGCCGUGCCUCUCCACUUCCGCCGGCCCCCAACUUCCCCGGGCCUCUCCCGGGCAGUCCCCGUUGAACAACCCGCCCCCAUCGCCUCUCCAGGCUCGCCAAGCCAACAACGCAGCCGCCGGCCCGGGUCAGUCGAGUUCCGAAACUCGCGUGAAAUCCGCCCUCUAUGGCUCGUCGAGCGCCACAGUUUGACCAAGGGCGAGCCCGAGACCGAGGAGCCUUUGCCAUCGCUCCCAUCCAGCAAGACCUCCUCCCGUGCCCCAUCAAUGGACAACCUAAAGUCCCUCCAUAAUGACGACGGCCUUAAGAGCUGGGAGCAUGUGGAUCUAAGCCAAUCAAUUGUGGAGAACCAGCGGCCGACAGGUUUGACAAUUUCAACUGACCAAGCGAACGAAAGCCAUGAUAGAGACCUUGAUCUCCUCGGCUCGCAACAGGCCACGCCUACCGCUGAACAUUUCCAGGAUUCAGAGUCCAGGAAGGAAAAGCGCAGAUACGAAUUCCACUCACCUUCUGAGCUCCUGCAGGACCCCGCUGUUCUGGACGAGUUGCCCCCUUCGCCUACGCUGGACGCUUUGCCUUCUGCAGAGGGCUCCAUGGUUGGGGUUGGCUCUAGGGAGCAAGAAACGCAACGUGCACUUGACGCUCUCGAGGGCGUGUCCCACUCUCAGCCCGAGCCGAAAACCCCGACCCAAGAACAUAAUUCGUUCUUCAGUGGCGUUGCGGACUUCGCCAAGGGCGCUGGCUUUGCCGGUAUUGUCGAUGCAGCUGCCAUUGCCGCUGCCAGGGAGCAUGAUAAGUCUCGCUCCUUGCCUGCAGAUGAACCCGCCAAGGCCCAUGGCUUCAGCGAUAUUGUAGAUGAAGCAGUUGCUGCUGGCACCUCCUCUCACGACCAUGACAAGGCACUUGUCGAUGAGGAGGCGCCCGGUGAGCCCGUUACUGCCAUCGAAGAUAAUUACCCCGCUGGGCCCGAGCCUUUGCACCAAGAGAUGGAGACCGCCAAGGAAUUUGUUCCUGAAUCGACUGAACAGCCUGUUGAGUCUUCUGAUAUUCAACCUCAGCCCGAGACAGAAGUCGACCCCGAUGAGGGCGCGGCCACCCAGUCUUCUAAGAAGAAAAACAAGAAGAAGAAGGGCAAGAAGAACCAGGCCCAAGAUGCCGAUCUGGGAACCCCCAAAGAACCCCUCGCGCAGGAAGAUUUGUCCAAGGAGUUGGCGCAGGACCCUGCUGUGGAGGUCCCCGAGGUUGGAAAUCUUUCAUCUGAGCCUGUUGAGGCAUCCCGCGAGCUUGGACCUGAGAUCGUGGUUGAUGAGCCUGUGGUCGAAGCUGCUCCUGUUCAGUCCGCUCCGACCGAGAGCGCUCCUGUUGAGCCCGGGAUCGCUGUUCUUGAGCAACCUGAGGCUGAGCCUAUCGAGGCCUCUCGAGAGAUUGAGAUUGAGCCCUUGGCUGCAGCAACUCAAGAACCAGAAGCUGUUACCACUCUUGAACCUGAGCCUACAGAGGUGGUGCCCAGUGAAACCGAACAGGUCGAGGACACUGCAUCAUCGACUAAAAAGGCUAAGCGUGACAAGAAGAAGCAGAAGAAGAAAUCUAAAAACGCACCUACUUCUGAAGAACCUGCAGAUGAUGCGGUCGCUGCUCAGCUCGAGGAUGAUAUUUCUGCCUCCAAGGAGGUUGAGGGCCAGCAAGAAGACACAGCACCUGCGCCUGCCGAAGAAAUUGUGGCUGCGCCCUUGCCCGAGGAUAUUGCUACUUCUACUGAACCCCUCGAGAGCAUCUCUGACCAGGCUGCGAUCCUAUCUGCUGCCACCGAUGUAGAGCAAGAUCAAAGCCAGGAGCAAUCCGGAGAGCUGGCUGAGCCCGUGGGACAGGUAUCUAGUGAAGAAUCCGUUCUACCUGUUUCCGAAGAUCUCAGUCUACCCGUGGAGGAACAGCAGACCCCUGAGCCUACUUUCACUGAUGCCAAUGAAACCUCAAUUACCGAUGCCACUCAACCAGAAACGGAAGAAGUAUCCCGCAGCCUGGAGGAGAUUGAGAAGCCAACUGAAGAUUCUACCCCAGAGGCACCCCUCAAUGACACCACGCCUGAAAUUACUGAAACACCCAAAGAAGACACUGAAGGGGAAGACAACUUCCAAGAGGCUGUCGAAGAACAAGUUUCGCAGCCCGCCGAAGAAAAGGAGCCUGCACCGGAGCCUCCCAUGGAAGUGGCUGCAGAUGCCCCCGCAGAGGGGUCGGAGACAAAGGCGGAGAAGCGGAAAAACAAGAAAAAGAAGAAUCGCAAAUCCGCUGCUGUGGAAGAGACUCAGAUUUCCGCUGAAACGCCCGCUCCUGAGAUUGAAUCGCCAGAAAUUCACGAUCCCGAACCUGAGCAAUCAGCUGUUGUCCAACCUGUGGAUACCCAAUCCCCUCCAAUUGGCGGUGAAGCCUUACUUACUGAUCUUGAAUAUCUUGAACAGCCUACCAAGGAUGUCGAGCAACCCCUCCAAACCACCAUUGAGGAGCCUGCAGCUACCCAAGAGCAGGAGCAAGUUCCAUUGGAGAUCGCUGUGCAUGCAACACCCGUCGUGACCGAGCCAGUGGACCUCGCGGGGCUAUCUGAUGAACUGUCACAGCCAGCUGUCAUCGAUGUCCAGUCUAAUGCUGAACUCCCGGAUCCCGCUGAGGAGGCUUCUCGCGAAAUCUCAGAGCCUUCUGCUGGUGAGACUCAACCCGAAGCUGAAGUUCAAGCUGAACCUCAACUUGAAGUUGAAGCCGAGCCUGAAGCCGCCUUGACUACUGCUCAGAAGAAGAAGGCCAAGAAGAACAAGAAGAAGGGCAAGCAGACCGAAAGUUCCAUUCUUGAAGACGAGAAGCCUGCUGAGUUUAUCUCGCCGGCACCUGAAAUCGAGACUGCCGCUAAGGAUAUGGCCAAGGAAGCCCCUCUUGCCACUGAAGACGUAUCGGUGGAUGCGCCUGCACAAGAACGCGAGAUGGAGCGGCCCGCCGAGGUCGAACAAUCGCUCCAGCCCGAGCAAACUUCUGAGGCCGUGCCACCCCAGGAAGGCGCUUCUCCUGAGCCUCUGCCAGAACAAACAACAGAGGUAAUAGAGUCGGAGGCACUCAAAGAAGAGCCAAUCGCAUCAGAGGAGCAACCCAAGGUCGGAGAAUCUCCUGCCGAGCCAGAGGUCCCUAUGACCGCCGCGGAGAGAAAGAAGGCCAAGAAGGCGAAAAAGAAGCAGCAAAAGGAGCAGGAAGAGAGCACUGGCUCUGUUGCUGAAGAUAUCAAGUCCGUUGACGCUGAGACUGCGCCCGAAGCCGAAUCCGCUGAGCCAAGCAAGGAUAUUGCCUCUACCGCGGAAAUUGAUGAUGUUGCUCCAGCGGACCUCUCCGUGCCGGUGUCUUCCGAGCCUGCUGAGGCAGCACAGGAUGUUGUACCUACAUCUACAACCGAGUUUGAGGCAGCUCCAGUUACCGAAAAGACUCUUCUGCCAACCGAGACUGAGACUCUGGAGCAAACGAAAGACAUCGAGCCCCCAGUCAAAGAUGCUGCCCCAUCAUCUGAGAUUGUGGCCACCGAAGUUAUCGCCGAUGUCCUACCUGCAUCGGAAGAAGCAACUGCUCCUGCCAAUGCGCCCCGAGACCUUGACCAACGGGACGAUAUCGUUAAGGUGGACGAGCCAAAGAGCGAGGAUGUGGCUCCAACGCCCACCGAGGAACCUUCGGUUGAUGCUGCAGAGACCGAUGCCUCCAAAACAAAAGAACAAUCUCCCGAAUCUGAGGUUCCAGUAACUGCCGCCGAGAGGAAGAAGGCCAAGAAAAACAAGAAGAAGCAGCAGAAGCAAGAGUCUGUGCAGCUUGAUGAGCAGCCCAAGCCUGAGGCUGAGCCUACUUCUACCGAGGAAAAGAGCGUCGAACAGUCUGAUGAUAUUUGGCUCAAGAGUGAGGCUACACCUACCGCAGAAGCUGUUGCGGGUGUUGAUGAGUCCACAGAACCUGGGGCAGUCCGUGAUCUUGAAGCCGAGACUAAGCCUACAGAGGAACAAGGCCAGGAUGUGCCAAUUGUCGACUCCGAAAUUGCUCCCGAGGCACUCGCAAACGAGGCUAUCCCUACCCCAGAGAUUGCCGACCAAGCCAUUGAUGUUCAAGAUGUGGACAAAGAAACUGCACAAGAGCCUAUGGUUGAGGUUGCUUCCACAGAAGAAUCCCAGGAAGAAAAGCUUGAUACAACCGUCAGCGACGAGCCUGUCUUAGAUAAGUCUCUCGAUGACAAGCCCACAGAGCCUACACCAGACCCAACUGUGGAGGAAACUGAACCUACGGAAUCCACAGCAAGUCCAGAGGUGGAGCAGGCUGAAGAUGAACAGGCGGUAACUUCUUCCAAGUCGAAGAAGAAGAAGAAUAAGAAGAAGCGCCAAUCAGUUGCCCCUGAAGAGGAGCAGCCUUCACCUGCUGAGGAGGAGUCCAAGAUCGUCCCCGCCGAGGAAGAGAUUAAGCCUACACCUGCCGAAGAGGAGCCUGCACCUGUGCCUGCUGAGGUUGAAUCUACAGAACUCGCGCCAUCUCAAGAGCUCGAACAGCCUCCUCUCGAGAAAGAUGCGGAGGCUCCCAUUGUUACAGAAGAGACGCCCAAGGCUGAAGAGAGCACGCAGCCAGAUACCCCUACCGAUGUACCUGCCGCCGAGGCUGCUGGAGAGGCAUCAAUGACUCCCGCUCAGAAGCGGAAGGCCAAGAAAGACAAGAAAAAGCGCCAAUCUGUUGCUGCUGAACAGGAACAGCCUACACCUGUCGAGGAAGAGGCUAAGCCUGCGCCCGCCGAGGAAGAGAUUAAGCUUACACCCGCCGAAGAGGAGCCUGCACCUGUGCCUGCGGAGGUUGAAUCCAACGAACCCGCACUAUCCCAAGAGCCCGAACAGCCUGCUCCCGAGCAAAGCUCGGAGUCUCCUAUUGUGACGGAAGGGGCGCCUAAGGCCGAAGAGACCACGCAGCAGGAUGCCUCUGCUAAUGCUGCCGCCAUCGAGGCCGUCGAGGAGGCAUCAAUGACUCCUGCUCAGAAGCGGAAGGCCAAGAAAGACAAGAAAAAGCGCCAAUCUGUUGCUGCUGAACAGGAGCAGCCUACACCUGCUGAGGAGUCCAAGGCUGUCCCCGCCGAGGCUAAGCUUACGCCCGCUGAGGAAGAGGUUAAGCUUGCACUCGCCGAAGAGGAACCUACACCUAUGCCUACUGAGGGUGAAUCUACUGAGUCCGCGCCAUCGCAAGAGCUUGAACACGCUUCUGUCAAUCAAGAAGCGGAAACUCCUAUUGUGACGGGAGAGGAGCCGAAGGCCGAAGAACCUUCUCCGGAGGAGACUACACAGGUAGAGGUCCCUGCCGAUACACCCGCCAUCGAAGCAGCUCAAGAGGCCUCGAUGACUCCUGCUCAGAAGCGAAAGGCCAAGAAAGAUAAGAAAAAGCGCCAAUCCGUUGUUGCCGAAGAGGAACAGCCUGUGCCUGUUGAGGAGUCCGAGCCCGAACCAGCCGAUGAAGACGUCAGACCUGCACAAGCGGAAGAGGUGCCCAUAUCUGAAUCCGUUCGUGAAGAGCCCACUGAGCCAAUUUUGACCCAAGAAGCCGAACAGCCCACGGUCGGGGAAGAUGCGGGGGCUCCCAUUGUGACGGAAGAAGAAGAAGCGCCUAAGGCCGAAAACCCCUCUCUGGAAGAGAGCACGCAGAUAGAGGCACCUGCUGAUGCAGCCGCUAUCGAGGUCGCCGAGGAGGCAUCAAUGACUCCUGCCCAGAAGCGGAAGGCUAAGAAAGAUAAGAAAAAGCGUCAAUCAGUCGUCGCUGAACAGGAGGAACCCGCGUCUGCUGAGGAGCCUAAGCCUGAAUCCCCUCAGCAAGAGCCCGUUGAGCCUGAGUUGACCCAGGAAACUGAACAGCCGACUGUUGACAAAGAUGCCCAGACUCCUAUUAUGGCGGAAGAAGAAGUGCCCAAGGCCGAAGAACAAGAACCCUCUCUCGAAGAGGCCACUCAACGGGAUGCCCCUGCUGAUGCAGCUGCUACCAAGACUGCGGAGGAGGAGGAUGAGGCAAUGACUCCCGCCCAGAAAAAGCAGGCCAAGAAAGACAAGAAAAAGCAACGCAAAUCUGUUGCUUUUGACGACAAUGCCACUCCGAGCGAAGAGCCCAAGGCAGAGCAGGAUUUAUCUGCGCCCGAAGAUAAGGUUGAAUCCCAGGAUGUUCCGGCUGACUUGGUUAUCGCCGACGAAUCAGCCAAAGAAUUACCAGUGACGGAAGAAGUUGCCGAGCCUUCUACUGAAGGGGAAGUCUCGGAAAAGACUGAAGAGCCCGCUUCCUCUGAACAAAGCAAGGAGAUCGCCGAGGAUAAGCCGACCUCAGCUGCUGCGCCCGAUGCCCUCAUCCCUGCUGAAGUCGAGGAUCCAAAGUCCACGGCGGAGUUGCCAGAGCAACCGGAACGAGAUGCUCAGACUCCCUCAGAGCCUCAGUCGCCGAGUGCACAAGAGCCUGAAGUUCCCUUGACUGCGGCGCAGAAGAAGAAGGCGAAGAAGAACAAGAAGAAGGGCAAAUCCGUGGACUUGGCCGAAAACGCCCCUGCUGCUACAGACGCAGCGCAGGAAUCUGAGCCCAUUGUUCAAACUUCCCCCGAUACUCCUGCUGAGAAGCUGCAGUUGCAAGAUACUCUAGCUUCUGAGCCAGCACAACCCGCAGACGGCCUUGAGCAAGAAAAUACAACCGAACCUGAGGCUCCCAAGCCCGAGGAACUCGAGACAACAGAAACCGUAUCUGACGAUGUGCCAAAAGAGGAAAUUCCUGACGCCAAGGAUACCGACGAAGCUCCAGCCACCGAGGCGAUUGUCGAUGCUGAACCAACUCCCUCCCAGGAAGCAGAGGCCAUUGCCUCUUCUCCUGCCGAGACGACUGAAGAAGCUGGUAUGUCAGCCAAGGAGCGACGCAAAGCUGCCAAGAAAGCGAAGAAACGCCAGUCCAAGAAUGUCGACGCCGACAACGACGCCGCAACAUCCGAGCCUGCUACACCCAUUGAAGCGGCCAAGACCGUCGAAAAGGUCCUCACCUCUACGGACACAGACGCCCCUGGACUCUCAGCCAUACCGGCGUCCUCGCCUGCGGAACAUGACGGUAAAGAACAUCAGUCCCACGACAUAGAAACUUACGACGCCACGGCGCAAAAUACGGCCUCGACUGAUAAAUACAUGUCUUCGCAGGUAGAGCAGACGCCGAUAGAGAGUCCUUUUUUAGAUUAUCCUCCCCAGCCCGUGCUUAAGCGUUCAGUUGAUUCCGGCGAGUUGGUGGAGGUAAAUGCUGUGCAGGAGGGUGAUGUUGCCCCUACUGCACAGAAGCGAGAGGGGGAGUUGGCUGAGCCUACACCUCUUGAGGAAAUGAAAACAGUUGAUGAUGGUGAGAUUGUUGAGGAGAAGCCGUCUGUGCCGGAAGCAGACGAUUUCUCCGUGGAGAAGGAUGUUGAGAAUAAAGAUGUUGAAGAGACGCCUGUGGAUGUUCCAAUUGAUACUGUUCCUGAGGCACAGACACAAGGAUCUCUCGUGGAGGAGGAGGCUUCUGAGACAGCUGUGUCGAAGAAGCAGAAGAAGAAAAACAAGAAGAAAAACAAAAAACAAGAGGAGGAAGCCGCAGCACCUGAGCCUGAAACCUCUACUGCGGAGGACAAGGAGCAGCCUGAAGCUGCGCCUUUGGUUGUGGCCGAGCCCAAGCCGGAGGUGAAAGAAAUCACCGAGCCUGAGCCCAUUGCUGAGGCCGAACCAUUGCCAGUUCUAGAGAAGCAAUCGGCCGAUCACCCACAGGACGUUGAAGAGACUACCGCUGUGCAGACAACUGAAGAUAUUGAUGACAUUAAGGAUAUCAGUGUCCCAGAAGCAGAGGCUGUACUGGUGCCAAUUCCAGAAAAGCAACCGGCGGAACUCCCACAGGGCAUUGAAGAGACUGUCGCUGUUGAAACAACCGAGGAUAUUGAUGACACUAAGGAGAUCAGGGUCCCAGAAGCCGAGCCCGUUGCUCUUCCUACCGAAGAGACCACACAGUCAGAGGCCCUUACCGGUGCAGCCGCCACCGAGGCUGCCGAAGAGGCAUCAUUGACUCCUGCUCAGAAGCGGAAAGCCAAGAAAGACAAGAAGAAGCAACGCCAAUCAAUUCUUCCUCAAGAACCCGAAGCUGAGCUCCAGCCUGAGGAACAGACAGCACCCGAGGCGGCUGAAACUUCUGUCCAAGAGGUUGAGAUUGUAACGGAGUCAGCGCCUGCCGAAAUUAUCACUCAAGAUGAGGCUGUUACUAGUGCAGACGAGCCUACAGUGCAGCCUAUUGAUGUCACCGAGGAGGCCGCUAAGGAUCUUGUGACUCCUUCUGAAGACACUGAACAGCAUGUUCCGAGUCAAGAAAUCAAAAGCGGAGAGCGUUCUCUUGAACUUCCUUCCGCUGAAUCGAAUGUCGAGGAAGGAGACAAGCCAGCCGAGCAAGCUGCGGAAACCCCGGCCGAGGUUCUAGGUGACGAGCAACCUAGCGAACAAGCGCCGCCUGAAGCCGCUUUUGAGUCAGAAGGGGAAUCGGCGACUGUUCCCAAGAAGAUGAGCAAGAAGGAGAAGAAGAAGAAGGCGGCAGCGGCAGCCGCCGCCGCCGCCGCCACUGCUGCUGCCCUUCUCGAGGAAGAAAAACUCGUCGAGUCACAACCUGAACCCGAGCAGCACUCGACUAUCACUCCUCAAGCUCUAGAGGAAGUGGUAGAGCAACCUAUCGUUCCAGAGCCGCAGCCUUCAGAGACUGAGGACAAACCUCAACCUGAGGAAGAAAAGAGUCUAGACGAAACAACAGAACUGACAACUUCUGAGCUGAAAGAGGACGUCCUGGAGCAGCCUGUUGAGGUUCUCGAUUCUACAGAGCGCCUCGAAUCCGAGGUCAAGCCGGAGGAGUCUACAAAAGAGCUAGCCGAGGAGCCAGCUGCGGUCGAUACUAUUACUCGGAAAGCGUCAAAGAAAGACAAGAAAAAGGCCAAGAAGCAAGCCAAACAAGAAGUAAUUGAGCCAGCUUCUCUGGUCGAGGAGCAUGUUCCUACCACCGAGCUUGCCAUUGCAGACGCUCCUGAACCGAAGCCGACUUCUGAGGAAAUGCCAACGGAGAUUGUUCCCGAGCCUGAGUCCAUUGCCCGGGAAGAAAUCCAGGAGGCUCUCAAUUCUGAGCUCGAAAGCAUUGAAGCCCCCGCUCUUGAGGGGUUUGGCAUCGUAUCGGAAGACAAGCAACCUUCAGAAAGCGAGAAAAAUGAAGCAGUCGUCUCUCUGGACACACUCCAUACGCCCUCACCUGCGGAACCCACUGACCAAGCUACCAACUGUGAGCCCCUUGUCCGCCAGGAUCCUGCUGAGAAGAACGUACAGGAAGAUGAAGCUCAGGUUGGGGCCGACGCACGGGACCUUGGGAAAACAGCUGACCUCGAGCCCGUCGAGGGCUCUGUUGAAGAUGGACCCGGAGAGCCUAAAGUGAUGCCGGCUCUGUCCAAAAAGAUGUCAAAGAAGGACAAGCGCAAGGCCAAGAAGAAUGGCGGCAUCACUGAAGAAGUCUCGACUCAACAACAAGAAGAGCUUCAGGCUGACGUGACUGAGUUGCCCACGGAAUCGGAGAUCCGGCCGACAGAGCCUGCCAUGGAGCAGGAAAUUCCCGAAACUGAAGAUGCUGCUGAACCUCAACCUACAUUGGAGCGAGAGCUGCCAGUGGAAUCUCCCCUUGCGAUCGAGGAUCAGCCUAUAUUUGCCCCAGAUGUUCAGGUUGAGCCUACGCACCCCGAUGAAGAGCCCGUUAGCGAGGAGAUCUCUCUUUCACGCAAGGCCUCGAAGAAAAAGGCCAAGAAGGCCCAGAAGGCUAACAAAUCCUUGGAUACUGAGCGGGCUGAAAACGCCAUCGAUGCGGAUCAGCAUGCUAACAUUGUGCCGUUCGAAGAGGACCAAUCCAAGGCACAGGAUCCAGGAGUGCCAGACGAGAAGUCGUCCCAUGACGAAGAAGACUGGCCGGCAAUUGACUGGCAGGCCAAGUUUGAAGAGUCCCAGCGAUUGAAGGAAGUGAACUCUGACCCUGAGCCGGAAAUUCCACCUCCCGAGCCGGACAUUAUUAGCGAAUUUAUUGAUUCUUCAUUUCCCGAAGUUUCGCAAAAUGUAAACGAAGCUGCGGGGGAAGAUACUUGGGCCUUAUCGAGGAAAAAAGACACGAAGAAGCCCAAGAAGAACAAGAAGAAGUCACAGCAAGCUCCUCCGGAAGUUGAGGAGCCUUCACUGGAACCCUUGAACGACAAAGAGAUCGAGCCGCCUGCUCGAACAACCACCCCCGGUGGAUCUAAGAUUGCCAACUUGUUUCCCGGCCUCGAGCGUGCUGGAUUCCGGCGAUCAGCUUUGGACCAGCAAACACCGUCGCUAAAAGAUAGUGCUGAGGAAGAGACAACAGCGGACUUGGAAGCGAAUCGCGAUAUCGCGAUGCCUGUCUCGGAAGCACCCCUAGCGGCCACUGAAACCAAAGAAAUUGCCGAUGAUUUCACCUCGGGGCUGCCUAGCAGCCUCGAAAGACAAAUUGAGUCUACAAUCUCGGAGCUGAAAGCUCACUCCGAAACCCCGACUGCUAGAGAGGAUGACUCAAUCAGAGAGCCAGAACUUCCGAUGUAUGGCGAAAAGCCCUUGGGUGCGCCCUUGUCAUUGUCAACGGAGCCCUCCAAUGAGCGAACUCGUGCCGAGGAACCUUCUUCUCCUACGCGCCUUCCACCCCCAGAGGAAGCCGGAGCAGAACUGUGUCAACUACGCCGAUCACCAUCAAUCCAUGGACGACACCAGCAUACACCCAGAACAUGGAGUUUGGACGAACCAUCUCUCCCGGCUCUUGCCCCAUCCCCUCCCCGGUCGCUCUUCGGACCGACUGACGAAUAUGUGCGACCCCGGACUCCGCUGGAUACAAUUGCGGAACAAGAACCACAUGGCCAGGGAACCAUGGCUCGUCGCGGGACGCCCCGCCUGGAGAUGAAGCCCGAGCAUGUCUUACCUCGACCUCAGACACCCGUCCGGAAAUUUACAGACAAUGCCUUUGACCGAGAAGCCUGGCCUACAGAAAACGAAAAGGGCGAGGAUUUCAAAGAAAUUCAAAAAACGCCUGAGCAAGGGAUUCUGAAACCCAGCACCAGCAGUGGAAAAUUACGUCGUACAAAUCGCAGUAUUAGUGGUGAUCUGCGGGCGGCUAGUCGAGCGCUAGAUCCCCAGCCUUCGAAUCUCGAUCUUGAUCAGCUCCCGUCUUCCUCCUCUUAUGACCCCGUCACCGACAAGGGCAAGCGUCCGCUGCGAAACAUGUCGGAUGUUUAUGAGGGAUGGGGUGAAACGCCCAACUCCCCACGGUCGCCCAGCCGACCGCCUAGUGUCCGCCGCCGUCGCAGCAUGCAACACUUGCAAGACAUCGAAACCCGCCUCGACCAGCUCAUCUCUGAAAACCGUCUACUGAUUGCCGCCCGCGAUGAAGCCGAACAUAAGCUUCGGAAUACCAGCGUCGCUCGUCGAAAAAGCGACCGUGCCCUCAACACCCGCGACGGCGAUCUGCGCGAUCGGGAAUCGGAGGUGGAACAAUUGAAGAACUCGGUGGAAUGGCUGCAGAAGGAGAUGGCUCGUAUGACCCAGGAGAAUGAGGGGCUGACUGCAUCCAACUCUGCUCUCGCCGCCGCCCACGCAGCCGAGGUCAACACCGUACGCGAGUCGUCCACACGCGAACUUGUCGAGCUGCAGUCGCAACACAGUCAACUCUCGUCCCAGAUGGAAGAUCGAGUUCGACAAGAGAUUGAAUCGGCUCUUGCACAGAAAGACAUUGAAUUGCGCCGUCUGCGUACCGAACUUGAGGAGGCUCGCGACAAGGUCAAGGAGCUCCAACAACAGAUCGCAGCCUCGGUACAUGACAAUGCCCUUGUAUUCCGCGAUGAAGAGUACUUCGAGGCUGCCUGCCAGAAGCUGUGUGGCCAUGUCCAAUCCUGGGUCGUGCGCUUCUCCAAGCACAGUGAUAAGCGUCGCUGCCGCCCACUGAGUGAGUUGCAGGACGAAAAGAUCGCUGACCGUUUCGAUAAUGCCCUCCUCGACGGCUCCGAUCCCGAUGCCUAUCUAUCUGAUCGUGUCCGCCGCCGUGAUGUAUUCAUGUCGGUGGUCAUGACGAUGGUUUGGGAAUACAUCUUCACACGUUAUCUCUUCGGCAUGGACCGGGAGCAACGUCAAAAGCUCAAGUCUCUUGAGAAACAAUUGGGCGAGGUUGGCCCAACCCGUGCUGUGCAUCGCUGGCGAGCCACCACUCUCACACUGCUGUCCCGGCGACCAGCUUUUGCUGCGCAACGUGAGAGUGAUACGGAGGCUGUUACGCUGGAGAUCUUCCAAACCCUAUCGCGGAUCCUCCCUCCUCCAUCUCAUGUUGAAUCCCAGCUCCUGGACAACCUCCGCAAGAUCAUGCGGGUAGCAGUCAGCCUGUCCUUGGAGAUGCGUACCCAGCUGGCUGAAUUCAUCAUGCUGCCACCUCUGCAGCCUGAAUACGAUACCAAUGGCGACCUUGCACGCCAGGUGUACUUCAACGCAGCUCUGAUGAAUGAGCGCAGUGGUCUGACAAACGACAAUGGCGAGCUCGAAGCUCAACAAUCUAUUGUGCGCAUUGUGCUCUUUCCUCUCGUUGUCAAAAAGGGCAAUGAUGUGGGCGAGGGUGAGGACGAGGAUGUCGUCUGCCCCGCCCAGGUCCUCAUUGCCCGCCCCAGCAAAGACAAGAAAGUAUCAAGGAUGAUGAGCGGUGAUCGCAUGUCCAUUGAUGCUACCAGAUCUGUCCACAGCAUUGCUCAAAGUAUUGCUCACAGUGUAGCACCUUCAUCUAUGAUGGACAUGAGCAAUGUGAUCUGA